AUGAACCUCUCGUUUCGUGCGCCUCUAUCUCGCGCUUCCGACCCGCGUCUUCUUUGUCCAGGGCCCGUCUCGUCAUCGCGCCGCCUAGUGUCGACAUUCUCCUCCCCCGCAAUCGAGCAAUCCCCGCGAAGCGUCCUUUUGCCCGCCGUCGCCCGACCCCGGCCCGCACCGUUCUCCCUCCCCGCCAAUCGCCGCCGAACCUCCUCCUUCGCUCGACAUUUCCAUACCACACCUGCUGCUCGCACCAUGUCUCCCACUUCGCAAGUCGUCCCCGCCUCCGCCGGCCAGCGCCUCGCCGGCAAGACCAUCCUCAUCACCGGCGCCUCCGCCGGCAUCGGCCAGGCCUGCGCCCUUGAGUUUGCCCUCGCGCAGCCGCAUGACCUGCGCCUGAUCCUCGCUGCCCGCCGUCUCGACACCAUCAAGAAGAUUGCUGCCGACAUCACCGGGCAGGUCGGCGACGGUGUUAAGAUCCUGCCGCUGCAGCUCGACGUCAGCAAACCCGACGAGGUGCGCGCCUUUGUGGGCAAGCUGCCGGACGAGUACAAGAAUAUCGACAUUCUCAUCAACAAUGCUGGCGGCGUCCGCGGCGUCGAGACGGUCGGCAACAUUGCCGAAGCCGACAUCAACGUCAUGUUCGACACAAACGUCACGGGCCUUAUCAACGUCACUCAGGCCGUUCUUCCCGUCUUCUUUGCUCGCCCGGACGGCGGCGCCGGCGAUAUAGUCAACAUUGGCUCCAUUGCCGGCCGCGAGCCCUACGCCGGCGGAUCCAUCUACUGCGCGACCAAGGCCGCCGUCCGCAGCUUCACCGACAGCCUGCGCCGCGAGACCAUGCACACCAAGAUUCGCGUCAUGGAGGUUGACCCCGGCGCGACCGAGACGCUAAGCAGUCAAUGCCAGGAAUUUUCCGUCGUUCGCUUCCGCGGCGACAAGGCCAAGGCCGAUGCUACUUAUGCUGGCAUGGAGCCCCUCACACCUCAAGACAUUGCCGAGGUUAUCGUCUUCAACGUCACCCGCCGACAAAACGUUGUCAUUGCCGAUUCGCUCAUCUUUCCCACGUCUCAGGCCGGUGUUGGUCCAGCCAACAUGUACCGCAAGACGGCAUAA